CUAAAACUAAAUUAGCCCUUUAAGUCAUUAAUAAAGAUAAAAUGUAUUAGCAACAGAACAUAACAUAAUACAAUCUCAACAGUGAAGUUUUAUAAGCGAUAGACGAUAUGAUAUAACAUAACAAAAUAUAAAUUUAGAAACAAGUGAAAAUUUUGAUAUGACGACGGUGUACAAACAAGACUUCGAUACUGAGUUGGCUGCGUAGCGUUCAUUGCCGUCGAGACCAGAGCAAAUGUGAUAAUUCGUUUCUUUAAGAGGUUAAGCAAUUUUCAUAAAGCAUUUUCUAAAAUGAACGCCUAUUUUGUGAUACAGCGAAAAAUGCAAUACAUAUUAACAGAUGUUAUUGACAACUUAUUGAUUCGAGAUCUCAAGUGUAUAAUUGAAUCUAUUUUAAAUGUAUCUCCUGAAAAUCAACAAUUAUACUACAAAAAAAAGAUUUUGGAUGAGACAAGAACUUUGUCAGCUUGUGGUUUGAGUCAUUAUAUUGCCAAUGCACACCAUCCAGCUUAUAUUGGUUUAGCAUUUAAAAUGGAAAAUGGUGAAUUUGAGAAGUUAGAACUGACUCCAUACCCAAUGCAACCUGAAAUGCCAUUUACAAAGAAAAUCCCUCAACUUUGUGCUGAUCCAAAAGAUGAAUCUCAUACUGUAAGUGAUGACCUUAUCGUUGGACCAUGUGGUAGUGGCAAACCAAAAAAAAAAUCGAGUGGAAAAAAAAAAUCAAGUGGCAAACCAAGAAGAAAAACUUCUCAUUGAGCGACUUAUUUCUAAAAGUUGUGUGUUUGGAUUUAAUGUUUUAUAAAUUAAUCAAACUCCUAUUUUCCCUAUUAAAUAUUGCA